GAAGAUGUUCAGCAAGUCGCGGAAGCGUUCGGGUACAGCCUUCAGGAUCUCCAAUCGGUCCCUGUGGAAUCUCAUCUGGGACUGAGCUGCGGUAACCCUAUAGCCGCUGCGAGUAUCAAAGGGGGAGAAAAUGUGCUGGACCUUGGGUCAGGCGGUGGCAUUGAUGUCUUCCUAGCAGCGUCCAAAGUUGGCGCUCAAGGACAUGUCAUCGGCUUAGAUAUGUCUCCAGAUAUGGUUGCUCGAGCGCGGCUCAAUGCCGAAAAGAAUAACUUGCGCCCGCCACGCGUGGCUUUUGUUCAAGCACAAUUGACAGAACCUUUGCCCAUAGUCUCAGACUCUAUUGACUGUGUCCUCAGCAACUGUGUUAUCAAUCUACUUCCGGGCAGCAGAAAGGCUUCGAUUCUCAAAGAAAUCUACAGGGUUCUCAGACCAGGAGGCCGCCUUGUUUUAGAUGAUAUCAUCGCAAAGCAGCCGCUCCCAGAAUAUAUCCGCAACGAUUUGGCUUCUUAUGUCAGUUGCAUCUCUGGCGCUAUACAGGUCGAUGAGUAUCGGGUGCUUCUCGCUGCUGCCGGAUUAGAAGACGUGGUCUUUGUGGACACCAAGGGAGACAUCAACGUUUACUAUCAAACGCAGCCUGCUAGUUCACCGUGCUGCAGUCCAGCGGCAUCCUCUGGUCCUUCCAAGCCGACUCCGGAUUUCAACGCCAAUGAAUGGGUCGCAUCCUAUCAGAUUUACGCCAUCAAACCUCAGCUCGAGGAUUACGACCCUCAGGCCGGACCGACGGCACCACUGCUAAGAUGGUGGGAUGCAUAUCCGGAUUCUGAAUCCGCUGACCUACCGAGCCUGUCCGCCCAGGCUGUCGCAGAGCUCGUGCGCGAUAAGACUAGGAAGGACUUUGCUGUCAUCGACGUUAGGCGCAAUGAUCAUGCAGGUGGUCAUGUGCGCAGCAGCUAUCAGUGCCCUGCUCAGACGUUUUACGACGAUCUACCUGAGUUUUACCAGCGCUUUAAGGAGGUCGAGAAAGUGGUCUUCUAUUGCGGAAGCUCAAACGGACGAGGUCCACGUUGCGCUGGAUGGUAUCGCAAACAUCUGAUGGCAGUAGGAAAUGCGAAGUCCCAGGCAUAUAUUCUGGAGGGAGGAAUCAAAGCGUGGCUAAAGGAAUUUGCUCACAUAGAUGAGUUAGUCGAUACAGACUGGUAG